UUUUAUGGUUUUUUUUUCUUUAUCAAAUUUAAUUGUUGUUUCUGCAAGUUGAGUGAAGUGAAAUUAUUAUUUUUGUACUCGUACUGCGAGAUAGGCUAUCUAUCUUUACAUUAAUGCCGUUACUCUUCUCUUUUCGUACAAGAAAUUUUCUUCAAGAAAUUUCAUUCAUUCCGCUUUUGUGGUGACCUGUAAUGUGAUGUGCAUUCAAGAAUGAAGAAAUUCAGCCGAAAUCUUCAUUUACAUACGUACUUGUACAUACCAGUACAUAUUCACGACAAUACGUAAAAGUCGAAAUGUUUUGAUUGAUAUGGAGUGUUAUGUUUGUUUAUGAGUUUAUCAAUACGAUGGAUAUAGAUUCGAUUGAUAAAUCCAAAAUCCGAAAGAGAAAAGCUGCCCUGAAUGUUUCAUUUUGCGUGAAAAAAGAGCGAAAUUCCGUCUAUCAAAAGGUAUCUUCAAUAUUACAGAAGUCAUUAGCGGACAGAAGCAGCGAUGAAAUCGAAUUUCUCAACAACUCGCAAGAUAUCGUUCGGCAGAUUGCUCAACGGAAAGCUCAUAGACAAAAACUCAAGGAUAGAGCGCAAGAGUAUGAAGAUGCUCCUGAAACGUUAUCGGAGAAAUGUAAGAUAUUGGCCGAAGCCGUGCAGAAUUCGAAUCAUUUGAUUGUAUAUACAGGAGCUGGUAUUAGUACGGCGGCAUGUAUACCUGAUUAUCGGGGCUCUAAUGGUAUAUGGACUUUACUGCAACAAGGGAAAGAUAUAGGGUUGCACGAUUUGAGCAGAGCGGAACCUACAUUAACUCAUAUGGCUCUAUACUGCCUUUACCGUUCGGGAAUAUUGAAACACGUAGUAUCUCAAAAUUGUGAUGGUUUACAUUUAAGGAGCGGUGUGCCGAGAAGUAUUUUGUCAGAAGUGCACGGAAAUAUGUACCUAGAGGUUUGUUCGAAGUGUAAACCGUGUAAUCAUUAUCUGCGAUUAUUCGACGUCACUGAAAACACAGCUAGGUACAGUCACGAGACCCUGCGUUUGUGCUACAAAUGUGGGAAUCCUUUGAAAGAUACUAUCGUUCAUUUUGGCGAACGUGGUAAGCUGCAAUGGCCUCUGAACUGGGAAACCGCCUGUAAGCAAGCGGACAAGGCAGAUGUUAUCCUAUGUCUAGGUUCUAGUUUAAAAGUAUUAAAAAAGUAUCCUUGGUUGUGGUGUAUGGAUAAGCCUGUCAAGAAACGUCCCAAGUUAUAUAUAGUGAAUUUGCAAUGGACGCCGAAAGAUGACCAUUCCACUUUGAAAAUUAACGGAAAAUGUGAUACAGUAAUUGAAAAAAUGAUGGCUCAUUUGGGACUAAGUGUACCGAAAUACGUGCGAGACCUGGAUCCUAUAUUUUAUCACGCUACUCAUUUGCACGAAUUAGAAUUACAUACCACAACGAGAUCUCCUAUUGAAAAAAUCCCAAAGCAAUCCGACAGCCAAGAUGAUUCCAAAAAUGGAGAAACAAAAACCUCCGAGAAUCGUACAAUCGAAAAGAAAGAAGAUUCUCUCGAUAAUACUUCACAUUCAGUGUGUUCAUCCACUCAGGAUAUUAGUUCUAAUGUUGUUAGUGAUAUUAUCACAUGCGACGUUGCGAUCGACGACGCGCGUGCGAGCGAUUUUCUAAAUCCUAGUUUACUUUUGGUCAGCGCCGAAAUCAAGGAAGAAAUUGUGAGUGACGAAGAAAACUAUAUUGACGAGCGAAAGCAAAACUCGAAUGUUAAAAAGGAACACGACGAGGCGACUGACAGUGACAGUGACAUCAAAGGACAAUCUAAUUUAUCUGUGAUAAACGAAAAAUUAGAAAUAAUAGUUCCCGACGUUGUAAGCACCAAUGAAACGCAAAUCGCGAUUAAAAUCGAAUCGGUUGAAGAGUCUCUAGAUACGGUCGUUCAAACUAACCUUAUUACUCAGGAAUCGCCGGUAGCCUCAUCUGUCGACGUUUUCGAAGGCAUGCAUUUCCUAUUUGGACGCAACUUGUGGUCUGAUCUAAGUUUAUUCGACGCCUUCACUCAUCAACCUUUACUACUUAAUCAUUCGGUUUACGGUUGGUCUGGCUUGAAUUCCUUUUCUUCUCUCGUUCCAUAUUUUGAUAAUCAAACUCGCCCGAAUGAUUUCAACUCGAGCAUCACACAUACCUCGCCUAUUGACGAUAAACCUGCUGCCAAUCAAUCCGAGUGUUCGACUUCAUCUUCUGCAAAAAGUUAUCCUCUACGUAAUAAGGCCGAAAAGUCAACAGUAGCCGAAACCGGGUGCGAUUUCUGCCUCAAGUUCUACGAAUCGAAACGGUGUUUAUUUUACGUAAUGUCUCCCUCAAACGCGCCUUUUACAUCGGAGUCAGUUUGUUUAUGUUGUGGAGGGGACGACGACGAAGAUGAUCAGGAUGAUGACGAUAAUAGUAAUGAUAAAACUCCAGCCAAAGUUCUCAACAUUAAUCCUGGUUGGUUCGGUAAAGGUUAUCGUAAAAAAGUCAAGAAAAGGUGAAAUAUUCUGUCACAUAAGCAUUUUUAUUUUUAACGCGGUUUCAUUCGUGAAAAUUCGUUUUUCGUCGAAUUUUUUCUUUUAAUUGUUCGUGAAUUUUGGACUGGAAUAGUUUGAAAUAAUUAAGAAUAUGACCGGCUUUUUUUAGUUUCAUUUUUUCGUUACUUGGUUGCUGCGUUGGCAGCAGAUUUUGUUUCAUUUUGCAUGCUUCUUAUUAUUUAAUUUAAAAUCAUGUUCAUCAAUUUUUAUAAUUUUUUUUUGUCAAUAAAUUAUUCAACGUUUUAAA